GUGAAGGUCGAGAUGUACGUCAACGGUAUCCGGGAGGGCAAGAACAAGUGCAAGGUCAGACAGAACACGCAGGACCCCGUCUGGCACCAUCAGGUCGUGUUCGAGGUCAACCGGGAAAACCCCAAACUGCUGGGUCACGUGUUCGUCUUUCACGUGCUGCACAAGGACAUGAUGACCGGGGUCCACAAGAUAGGACAGGUUGACCUGGGAUGGUAUAGCCACGGGGAACAACUGGAGCACUGGUACGAGAUAAUGGAACACCCCCACCGAUCCACGGACAACUGGCACCCCAUCAUCAAAACUGGCAAGAUUACGUCAUGACCGUUCGGAUAAAGCCAACAAAAAAACAACAAAAGACCUGGUUAAGAAAUAGCUUUCACUUCACGCCAAAUGGAUACGCUUUAGUGCGUUUUACGUCAUUUGCCCAAAGUAUUUCAGUUCGAGGCUAUUUAACCCCGUUAUUUCAAAACAAUCGUUAAAUUAAUUUUGAAAAAUAUACAUGUACACAUUUAAACAUGCUUUUUAUUUUUAUACUAAAACCAGUUUUACAAUACCAAUAAUUCUUUUUGAAAAUUUUGAUUUUCUUUUUAAAAUGAUAACUUUGCUAGACAAUUAAAUUUAAUGAAAACUCCAAAUCUCACCUCCUGAAAAAAAAUUAAAAAAUUAAUUUCUGCUGCUGUUGUAAGUUAUCUAUUGUGUUAUCAUCGCCAUAUCAUGUACACAAAAUAUUUUUAUUGAUGUGGUUUUUUAUGUUUUGAUAACAUGUGAUUUUUAUAGAAUGUCGGUUGAAAAUUCAAGUAGUUAUCAUUGAUGGAUGUACGAAAUAACGGCUCAAGUCUAGUGUAAGAUUUUUAAGGCUGUGAUCUAAACAGCUUUACUAUUGCUAUUUUUGGAACUCCAUUGUCUUAGGCUGGGCUGCUGAUUACUUGUUGGUUUUGUGAAGUCUAGAAUGUAAUCAUGACGUCAU